AUGGCAGCUUCUCCAGGGCGGCAGCACCGCCGAAAUCUGGUCGGCAUCCUCUCCGUCACCUUGUGGCUCCUCUGCCCCGCUGGCCAGGUAUCUGGAGAUCAAAGCCAGGGAGCUGUCUUCCUACGUGAAUUCACUCUGAUUCGAAGAGAGAGCCUCCAUGAAGACUUCUUAUCCGAUAUCCUGAGUAGUCACAAAACUGAAGAUCCGAGUUCUAGAACGGCUAGAUCUGAAGAGGACCGUGAUGCCCUAUGGGACGCUUGGGGUCCAUGGAGCGAAUGUUCACGCACUUGUGGAGGAGGAGCCUCUUACUCCCUAAGAAGAUGCCUCAGUAGCAAGAGCUGUGAAGGACGAAAUAUACGCUAUAGAACAUGUAGCAAUGUGGACUGUCCUCCAGAGGCUGGUGAUUUUCGUGCCCAGCAGUGCUCUGCUCAUAAUGAUGUCAAGUAUCAAGGCCAGUUCUACGAAUGGCUUCCUGUGUCCAAUGAUCCUGACAAUCCAUGUUCUCUAAAAUGUCAAGCAAAAGACACAACCCUUAUUGUUGAAUUGGCGCCUAAAGUUCUAGAUGGUACCCGAUGCUACACAGAGUCUCUGGACAUGUGCAUCAGUGGUUUAUGCCAAAUCGUUGGCUGUGAUCACCAGCUUGGAAGCACCGUCAAAGAAGACAACUGCGGCAUCUGCAAAGGAGAUGGAUCCACCUGCCGGCUGGUGAGGGGGCAGUAUAAAGCUCAGCUCUCAGCCACCAAACUGGAUGAUACCGUGGUUGCUAUUCCCUAUGGAAGCAGACAUAUUCGCCUUGUCUUGAAAGGUCCUGACCACUUGUAUCUGGAAACCAAGACUCUCCAGGGAACAAAAGGUGAAAAUAGUCUCAGCUCUACAGGCACAUUUGUUGUGGACAAUUCUAGUGUUGACUUCCAGAAGUUUCCAGACAAAGAGAUAUUGAGAAUGGUUGGGCCGCUCUCUGCAGAUUUCACUGUGAAGGUUCACUAUGCUGGAGCUGCCGAUAGUGUUGUCCAGUUCAUCUUCUAUCAGCCUAUUAUUCACCGAUGGAGAGAGACUGAUUUCUUCCCUUGCUCAGCAUCCUGUGGAGGAGGUUACCAGCUGACAUCGGCUGAGUGUUACGAUCUACGGAGCAGUCGGGUGGUAGCUGAUCAAUAUUGCCACUAUUACCCAGAAAAUAUCAAACCCAAACCCAAGCUUCAGGAGUGCAACUUGGACCCUUGUCCUGCCAGUGACGGAUACAAGCAGAUCAUGCCCUAUGACCUCUACCAUCCCCUUCCUCGGUGGGAAAGCACACCAUGGACAGCCUGCUCAUCCUCCUGUGGAGGGGGCAUCCAGAGCCGCACAGUCUCUUGUGUGGAGGAAGACAUCCAAGGGCAUGUCAGCUCCGUGGAAGAAUGGAAAUGCAUGUAUACCCACAAGAUGCCCAUCGUUCAGCCCUGCAACAUUUUUGACUGUCCCAAGUGGCUGGCACAGGAGUGGUCCCCGUGCACUGUGACAUGUGGCCAGGGACUCAGAUACCGGGUGGUUCUCUGCAUUGAUCAUCGAGGGAUGCAUACAGGAGGAUGUAGCCCUAAAACAAAGCCUCACAUAAAAGAAGAAUGCAUUGUACCUACACCAUGCUACAAACCCAAAGAGAAAGUUCCUGUGGAAGCUAAGCUGCCCUGGUAUAAGCAAGCACAAGAGCUGGAGGAAGGAGCUGUUGUCUCAGAAGAGCCCUCGUUCAUCCCCGAGGCCUGGUCUUCAUGUACUGUUACCUGUGGGGUUGGCACUCAGGUGCGGAUGGUGAAGUGCCAGGUGCUUCUGUCUUUCUCCCAGUCCGUGGCUGACCUGCCCAUUGACGAGUGUGAAGGGCCCAAGCCGGUCACUCAGAGAGCGUGUUAUGCUGGUCCCUGCAGUGGAGAACUGGCUGAAUACAACCCUGGAGAGGCCGAUCUGCUCUAUGGGGGCCUGCAGGACUUUGAAGAGUUGUAUGACUGGGAAUACGAAGGCUUCACCGAGUGCUCCGAGUCAUGUGGAGGAGGUGUCCAGGAGGCUGUGGUGAGUUGCCUGAAUAAACAAACGAGAGAGACCGCAGAUGAGGGUCUGUGCAUGACCAGUCGGCGGCCUCCCCAGCUCCUAAAAGCCUGCAGCUUGGAGCCCUGCCCUGCAAGGUGGGAAAUUGGGAAAUGGAGCCCAUGUAGUCUGACAUGUGGGGUCGGCCUACAGACCCGGGAUGUCUUCUGCUCCCACCUCCUGUCAAGAGAAAUGAAUGAGUCUGUGGUCCUGGCCGAUGAGCUGUGCCGCAAACCCAAGCCCUUCCUCAUCCAAGCUUGCAAUCGUUUCAACUGUCCACCUGAUUGGUAUCCUGCCGAAUGGCAGAAGUGUUCACAGUCUUGCGGUGGUGGCAUUCAGAGACGAGAAGUUCUUUGCAAACAGCGCAUGGCUGAUGGAAGCUUCCUGGAAUUACCAGACACCUUCUGCUCUGCUUCAAGGCUGAUCUCCCAGCAGGCCUGUAAGAACGAAGACUGUCCCAAUGAGUGGCUUCUUUCUGAAUGGACCCAGUGUUCAGUGACCUGUGGCGAGGGUACCCAGACCCGAAAUGCCAUUUGCAGGAAGAUGCUGAAGAACGGCGACUCGAUCAUCAUCAAUUCCUCCUCGUGUCCGGCUUUAUCCUUCUCCUCGUCGGUUCGGCCCUGCAUGUUGGCAGCUUGUGCAAGGCCUGGCCGGCCAGCUCAGAAACAAAGUCCUCACAUCGUGGCCCUGAGAAAAGUGUACAUCCAGCUGCGGAAGCAGAAGAAGCUGCACUUCACCAUUGGGGGGUUUGCUUACCUGCUGCCGAAGACCUCCAUCAUCCUCCGCUGCCCCACACGGAGGUUCCGCAAGCCCCUCGUCACCUGGGAGAAGGAUGGGAGGCAUCUCGUCAGCUCGGCUCAUGUCACGGUGGCCCCUUAUGGCUACCUGAAGAUCCACCGCCUCAAGCCCUCAGAUGAGGGCACCUAUGCCUGUUUGGCAGGACCAGCCCAGGAGCAGUUUGUGGUCAAGCUCAUCGGAGGUAACCGCAAGCUCCUUGCCAGACCCUCGGGGCCCAGGAGGGAGGAACAGGUCCCAGCCAGGAGAAAGGUGGGGCCGAAUGAGGCCCUGCGCACCCAAGACAAGCACCAGAACUGGAUCGUCUUCAACGGCAGCAAGGCCGAGAAACGGGGGCCGCAGGUGGACCCUGGGAGCCGCUACGAUGACAUUGUCUCACGGCUAUUGGAGCAGCAGGGCUGGCCCGGGGACCUCUCUGCUUCCUGGGAGGUCCAGGACUCUACUGAGAGGAACACCUCCUCAGAAGAGGACCAAAGUCCAGAGCACCCCCUGCUUCCCUUCCCGUUCACGAUUGUGACCGAGCAGAGCCGCCUGGACGACAUCCUCGGGAACCUCUCUCAGCAACCAGAGGAGCUCCGGGACCUCUAUGGGAAGCAGCUGGUGGCUCAGUUGGCCCAGGACAUCUUCAGGAGUCACCUAGACCACCAGGGCUCCUUCCUCAAACCCGCAGAGAGGAGGACCCACCCGGUGGAAUUUCUCCCUCCAAAACACGUGUCUGGGUUCAGCAGCUCCUUGAGGACCUUAUCACCCCCCGCCACGGGGGAGGCAGGAAACAGCCCUCGCCGACCCCCUCGGAAACCAACCAUCCUGAGGAAAAUCUCUGCGGCCCAGCAGCUGUCAGCUUCUGAGGUGAUCACGCACCUCGGGCAGACGGUCGCCCUCGCGAGUGGGACAUUGAGUGUGCUUCUGCACUGCGAGGCGGUGGGGAAUCCAAAGCCCACCAUCAGCUGGGCAAGGAAUGGAGAAGAAGUGCAGUUCGGAGACAGGAUAUUUUUGCAGCCGGAUGAUUCUUUGCAGAUCUUAGCACCUGUUGAAGACGAUGUGGGUUUCUAUACCUGCAAUGCUACUAAUCCUUUGGGAUAUGACUCUGUCUCCAUUGCCGUCACUUUAGCAGGAAAGCCAUUAGUGAAGACAUCCAGAAUGACUUUGGUCAACACUGACUUGCCUGCUGUCACUGUUGAUGUGGGAAGCACCAUCAAAACAGUCCAGGGGACAAAUGUGACCAUUCUCUGCCAAGUAGCAGGUGUUCCUGAAGCAGAAGUAACUUGGUUCAAGGAUAAAAGCCAAUCAAUCUCCACAUAUCAUUCGCAUGAUGGCUCCUUGCUGAUUGCAAAUGUCUCCUUUUUGGAUGAGGGGCGGUACUCAUGCAGGGCAACCAAUCUGCAUGGGGAAGUGACUGAGAGCACCUACCUAUUGAUUCUAGAUCCUCCCAGGACCUCUCUUCAGGCAGAAGACCUCAAGGCUGUGCUUUCAGCAACUGGGCCAAAUGGUUCCUCCGUGAUGGCAUCUCCUUGGGGAACCCGACUGGUGCUGAAUCCUGGGGAUUCUGCUCACAUUGGUUGCCCAGUAAAAGGUCAUCCAACUCCAAACAUCACUUGGUUUCAUGCAGAUGAACCAAUUGCUGCAGCAAUAGGACUAACUUAUCACAUCUUGGCAGCUGGACAGAUCCUACAGAUUGCAAACCUUAGCCAAGGAUCUCAGGGUGAAUUCAGCUGCCUGGCUGAGAAUGAAGCAGGAAUGCUCGUGCAAAAAACAUCUCUAGUCAUCCAAGAAUACGUGUGGUCAGUGGACAGACUGGUGGCGUGUUCGGCCUCCUGUGGUAACAAAGGGAUGCAGCAGCCCCGCCUGCAGUGCCUGUUGAAUGGCAUGGAGGUCAGCGCUUCCCACUGUGCAGGAAAGACCAGGCCGGCAGUGCAGCCCAUUGCCUGUAACAGAAGAGACUGUCCCUCCCGGUGGAUGGUAACCUCUUGGUCAUCUUGUACACGGAGCUGCGGGGGAGGGGUCCAGACCCGGCGUGUAACAUGUCAGAAGCUGAAAGCCACAGGGAUCUCCAUACCCAUAGCCAAUGAUGUGUGUGCCCAGGUGGCCAAACGCCCUGUGGACACACAGGCGUGCAACCAGCAGCUGUGUGUGGAAUGGGCAUUCUCCGCCUGGAGCCAGUGCAAUGGCCCCUGCGUCGGACACCGGCUAGCUGUACAACACAGGCAGGUUUUCUGCCAGACACGAGAUGGAAUUUCACUGCCUUCUGAGCAGUGCAGCGCUCUCCCCAGGCCCAUGAGCACCCAGAACUGUUGGACGGAAGCCUGUGGCGUACACUGGCGGGUCAGCCUGUGGACUCUGUGUACGGCUACCUGCGGGAAUUAUGGUUUCCAGUCCCGUCAAGUGGAGUGUGUGCACCUCCGUACAAACAAGCCUGUGCCGGAGCAUCUGUGCUCCUGGAGACCCAGGCCGGCCAACUGGCAGCGCUGCAACAUCACCCCUUGUGAAAACAGUACGUUCCAACCCAAAAGAGGCAUCUGCAAAUUUUCGGCUGGGCUCCGGGCACAGAGGGCAGCCCUGAGUGCCCAGACACCAUUGCUAGUGUUCUGGAACAGGUUUCCUUAAGGUGGCGGAGUCUAGUGUUCUCGCAGGAACUCUUGUAUGGGUGGAUGUGUUUCACAAAAUGCCAGCUCUCAACUCUGUGGCUAAAGGUGACAGGUGCUUUCUAAGGUUCCCAGCACUGGGCCAGGGAGAGCGUUCUGCUGAAAAAGCAACUGCUGGAAUCAUAAACAUAGACUGUUGGCUGAAAUCCGUAUCAAACUAACCUUCAGUUGAUUAGCUGAUAAGUCAUUCUCACUGUGGCUCAAAGUGGCUUUCAGGUGACAGGCAACAGUUUGGACUUGCCAAAAAAAAUAAAUAAAUAAGAGUUAUAAACACUGAAGCUAGACAAAUAAAGUUUCUGCAGUAUCGGGGGCCACUUUGGAACCACUGUUUUGAUAUUUCACUGUGGAACCCUAACAUCAUUUUUUCAUUCUU